GCUCAGUUCGCAUUGCUUUUGUUCUAUGUCACUGUGAGGGUGCGAACCGUGGUGCGAAGCCUUCUUCAUAGGUUUGUGUCGUGACAUGCUUCAAUAAUGUUGUGAGUAGCAUUGGUGAUGUGUUUAUAGUCGCGCAAUAGACGAAUAUGGAUGAAAACGGAGAAAACGUAGCCUGUGAGGAUCGCUGCGAUGUUCACUUGGAAAGGGAGCUGAAUACUGCUGAAAACCAAGAUGAUGGGACGCCUGGCCAAUGCCUAAAGCAGGAAGAAGUCCAUGAACUCCCUUCUGGAGUAAAAUUUGUUAUAGACCCCACAGGUGAUAAAGAUGCUUAUGAAAGGUUCUUGGCCAUGGACUGCACCAGUGAUUCAGAUGAGUCUUCACCAUGUCACAGUUCCGAUUUCAUCCAUCUUGAUUCCGAGCCUAAAGAACCAGCCCCUGUUGAUUUACAACCCAGGGUUGUAUGCUUCAACUGCGGUGGCAAACACUUCGUGAAUGCUUGUACCGAAAAGAUUGACAAGGCACGUAUAGCCCAAAGGCGCAAAGAAAUGUCCAAAGAGAGGGAGGUGGCACCGAAAAUGUUGCGCUACUUCGAGUAUGGAAUGCUGGCACAACGCUUCCAACCUGGCAAAUAUAGUCAGGAGUUGAGAGAAGCUUUAAAUUUGGGUCCACAAGCUCUUCCUCCAUUCAUCUAUCGAAUGCGUGUGCUUGGUUAUCCACCAGGCUGGCUUGAAUAUGCAAAAGUUGAAAAAUCUGGGAUAAAAAUUUAUGGCUUGGAUGAUGACGUCAAACCAAAUGAAAAGUUAGGGGCUGAAGAAGAACAAAAAGAAGCUGGAGAAAUAGACUCCUGUGAUAUGGAAGAAGUGCAGUAUGAUCCAACCCGUUUGGUUGACUUUCCCGGCUUUAACGUUCCUGUACCACCUGGUGUUCGUGAUUUGUGGCGAGAGUAUGGAAUGCCACCGAUGCUUCAGCACCAGCAAAAGUCUGAAGUUGAAAAACAUAUGAAAGCGCCUAUGGUUGCAAAAAGCUUUGGCAAAAGGCGGAAGCUCCGGCCUCCUGUUAUACAACCAAGCACAGACAUUGGUCCAAUGGUGGACAUGGUCAUUGAUGAUGGGACUGAAAAGAAACCGGUUUGCUUUGCAGGCGGAGACAUUGGUGCAGCAAUGGCAGCAGAUUCAUCAACAGACUCAAAGUGUACCAGCACGGAUGCCAGCCAAGAAAGUCUUGUUCCUGAGCAGCCAAGUUUAGCCACUGAUUGCAACAACGUGCCUUAUUUAAUCAACGCGGAAGCUUACAGACAAGAGCAGCCGAGUGACAGUGUGGCUCCUUCAAGCAGCACCGAGGCUGACAGACAAGAGCAGCCAAGCAACAGUGUGGACCCUUCAAGCAGCACUCAGGCUGACCGACAAGAGCAGCCAAGCGACAGUGUGGCUCCUUCAAGCAGCACCGAGGCUGACAGACAAGAGCAGCCCAGCCUACUAGAUGUUCAAAAUGGAAACACGUCUAGUUCUGACAACUCCACAGUGGACAAAGCAAAAACAAAAACACACAAAGUCACCUUGGGAACCCCUAUGAUUCUUGGAUUCAGCAAGUACAAGUCACUUCCACCACGUGAAAACUUUGCGAAGGGCAUGACUGACUACAUCCCUUAUGAAAACUUGCCUGGGGCUACUGGAAGAUACGAAAAGCUGCGCACUAUUCUUGAGAAAGUGCGUGCUAUGCGGGAAGAAAGUGAUGAGGAUGAGGAAUCGUAAAAGUGACUCAAGCUGGAAGUUCGCAACUUUGAGGGUCCCAUUAUCUGAUCUGAUGCAGAAAAAGGCCCCUGUUCUUAAGGCCUGACCGAGACCUCCAGGUAAUCCAGCAGACUGAAGCAGCUCCCAGUGCCCAGGGACACUGGGGUAGUCGUGUUGUCUGUAUGCUCUGAAUUUUUCACUCAUCCAAUAAAAUUUCAAGCAGCAUCAAUAAAGUCUUCGCUAUACCCUUGAACACAAGUCAAAUACCAUGAGUAGCCUUAGUCAGCCUUAUAACCACUUAUUUGAUAUGUGCUUACAGCUAUUUCAGGUGUUUUGCCUAUUCUGUAUUGCACCAUGGCCCCUUCUCAAGAGAGUGUAUUGCAGCCCUAAUGAGGGUGCCUAGCAGUGGUGCAACUACUGUUGCGGCUAAAUUUAGUAUAGCAGUCAUAAGACCAUGGGCAUUGAGAUGAACAGCAGCAGCAUCAACAGGUGAAGGUCAGACACAUCCUUCAUUUUCUUUAAUUCCUAGUUCAAACUUCAACUGAAAACCUAGGUUUGUGGCACUACGUGCAAUGUGUAUGCAGUAAACUGCAAAACUUUAUAUUCUGUGGAGUGCAGAAGUCUGCUGCUGUGUGUCACGUAUGAAGCUCAACAAUGGCUGUUUUCCACUGUACUAGUAUGUAUAAAAACAAUAUUCAAGCCAUUGGUUGGCAAUGUACAAGUCACCCCAGCAAUGCUAGUCAUGAAAGGUGCAAGUUUGCUUCGUUAUGUAGCCAACAUACAACUUUAGUUGGAUAUUUUAUAAGUUCACAUAUGUCGGUGCUUUCUCCCUGCCCUCUUUUUUUUUCUCUUUCUCUGUGAUCACUAAUAUGCGUUAAAGGAGUACCAAAACGAUCUUGAGGCACUGAAAAGGGGUCAUUUUUCGUUUCUUUGUCGUGCACUGUUAACAUGCACAACACUCUGGAGCUAGGCAAAAACAUUUUACAUUUCUGGUUUUCUCCGCCCUCUGCAACGGGCAUUACCAUGAUGAGUCAAUACAUAUCCCUAUGUUUGCGAACUUGCAUCCUGCAUGCAGCCAAAAUCACUGUCCGAGUCACUGGACAAUAGUUCACUAAUGGUUGUUUACCAGCAACACAUAGGAAUAACAUUAGACGACAGAGUUGCUUCUAGUACAUCAUAGGUUGCUUUCCUUGCAUCUGUGAACAGCCCUCGUUAAUAUUGACAGCUUGCAAAAUAUAGUUGCUGCGCAUAUGUGAGCAGGUUUCCACUCUCCGCUAUUCCCGAUCUUUCCUUCGCUUCUUUCUCGCAGUGCAUGGAGUAACGUAAUUACCACAAGGCAUGAUAUUCCUGCAAUGUAUUUUAGAAAUUUAUGCUGCUCCCACACCUUCGCUGAAAUGUGGAGUUGUGAACACGCUUAGUGGGAGAAAAGCAGUCUGGGAACAAGAAAUAAUUUUGCAGGAAAGUCAACUUGCAGCUCUAUGCUAGGGUCUGCUCAUGAUUUUGCAAAGUGUCAGUUGAAACCAUGUGUUUGUAUAGUGGCAGUAUUAACAUAUUCAGUUUAUAGGCACUGUAAUACUCAAUUCACGGUUCUCUACAUCAGUGCUUUAAUUUAGAGUAACAACACCAAAAUUUCUGCGAUUCGUGUCACUGUUGUGCUCCUUUAACAGCAUGUGUUAUAUGAGAAUUUCCUGUAGUUCUAGAAGGUCUGUUCACAUAAAAGACUUGAGCUAUGAAAUAAAAAAUAACCACAAGA